GCAGGGCUCUCCCUCCCCAGCACCGCCAGACGUGCCGGGAGUCACAGGGUAGAACACGUAGCGCCAGCCACCCACUCGCUCCCAUUUAACCCAGCCUGCCGCCUCCCAGCGACUCCUCAGCUCGCGCCCUGCCCCGGCCGCGCGGAGAUGAGCAGCGCGCCCUGAGCCGUCUGCAGCCCAGGAGCCGGUCCCGACGCCAGCGGUGCCCAGAGCCGCGGGGUUCUCCGAGGAGCUCGCCGCGCACCCGGCGCUGACUGAUUUCGCUGCUUUCGGCGAGGCUAAGUUUCAGCAGAGCCCCCCCUACAAAGCCUCCCAAGCUGAAAUGGAAAUGAUCCCCAGCGCCCAGCCCCCUCCCGCCUGCCUGGGCAAGCUGCCUGCGCUGGAGAGCAACGAGAUGCCAGGGCUGGCCUUUUCUCACAUGUAUCAAGUGUACAAGCCCAGGAGAGGGUUAAAAAAAAGUGAAGACAAUAAGGAGACCUAUAAAUUGCCCCACAGACUGAUAGAGAAGAAGAGACGUGAUAGGAUUAAUGAGUGCAUCGCCCAACUGAAAGAUCUCUUACCAGAACAUCUCAAACUUACAACUUUAGGUCACUUGGAGAAGGCGGUGGUUCUUGAACUUACCUUGAAGCAUGUGAAAGCACUAACUAAUCUCAUUGAGCAGCAGCAACAGAAAAUAAUUGCUUUACAGAAUGGUUUACAAGCUGGUGACUUGUCAUCAAGAAACCUUGAUACCAGCCAGGAAAUGUUUCGAUCUGGUUUCCAGAUGUGUGCCAAGGAAGUGCUGCAAUACCUGGGAAAGCAUGAGAACACCAGGGAUCUGAAAUCUUCUCAGCUAGUCAGUCAUCUGCACCGAAUGGCCUCUGAGGUUCUCCAGGGCGGAGCCAGCCGAAAAUCUGGAGAUGCGCCCCUGAAAACGGUGGACUUGAAGGAGAAGUCUGGCUCUUUGCCCAAAACUGCUGAGGGUUAUGGCAAGAACUGUGUGCCUGUUAUACAGAGGACUUUUGCACACUCCAGUGGAGAGCAGAGCGGGAGCGACACAGACACAGACAGUGGGUAUGGAGGAGAGCUGGAGAAAAGUGACUCAAACGCCGAUCAACAGUAUUUUCCAAAGGAUACGGGACUCAACUAUACCAUGCAAGAGAGAAUAAGCUCUAUUAAGCAAGAGACUGAGGACCCACCAGCCAAAAGGACCAGAAUGGAAACUUCAGAAGACGAAGGCCAUUUUAGCAGUGAUCUGAUUGGCUCUUCAAGUAGUUUUUUGGGCCCUCACCCUCACCAGCCUCCUUUGUGCCUGCCUUUUUAUUUGAUCCCACCAUCCGCAACUGCCUAUCUGCCUAUGCUGGAGAAGUGUUGGUACCCGGCUUCCAUGCCUGUCUUGUACCCAAGUCUCCCAGCCUCUGCUGCAGCACUUUCAGGGCUAAUGAACCCAGAUAAAAUCUCUCCAUCUCUCCUGAUGCCUCAGAGACUUCCUUCUCCACUACCAGUCCAUUCCCCUAUCGACUCCUCAGCUCUGCUUCAAGCUUUGAAGCAGAUUCCUCCUUUGAACUUGGAAACCAAAGACUAAGCACAGUGUGACCGUUUUCUUUUUCUUUUCUUUUUUUUAAGUUUGAGACUCUUUCAGUUUUAUAUACCGGCUGGACUGAGGUGUGGGGAUAAAGGUUCAUUGAGAGUAGGAAGCAAAAUCCACUUUUCUCUGACUUGUCAGAUAGCGUGGGAAAGGAUGAAGGAAGCACCCAGGUUAGCCAUUCGGGGGAGUUUAAAAGGAGAAAAAAAAAAAGGUUUUCUUUGUGCUUUACCCUUUACCCUCCCCAUCUACAGAGCAACAGCUGACUUAGUCAGUGAGGAUUAUAUUUCAAA